AUCUCGAUCUCCUGCGUCUAGCUCUGGUCUGUGGGUGGUCGAAGUCGAAGGGCGGGGUAAAAGAAGGGAUGACUAGCGCAAUCGAUACCCUUCACAGCAAUUAAUCUCUAUUUUGAUGAACCGACGAGAUAAGACCGGCGGCAAAAGUUUGUUGUGUCCGGUAGUUCCGCCUACGCUCAGCCGCCGUCGGCAGGUCAUGUUGUAAAGACUUCUUGGGCAUGGUUUCUUCAAAAUCCUUUCCCCAUAGACAUUACAGCUUUUCCUCUAGGAAAAGGCUAAAAGUUUCAAGUUUCGAACAUCAUGAGACAGGUUCUCAGACCUGUAUUGGAGACUUUGAUGAUGUUUCCACGGUAAUGCAUUCGGACUCGAAAGAAUGCUUGCUUCAUGGGUGCCAUCAUUGUGUUUAUGCGUCUUCAUCUUGCUAUAAUAUGCUGGAAGACACAAAUCCUGCCUUAGAGAUGGAUUGCGAGUUGAAUGGAGAAGGCAGUGAUGUUCCAGUUACUUCUAAUGAUGCUGGUGCCAGUAAAUCGGUUUACCCACUGCCUGCAUUUGUGACUGGCUGGAUGUAUGUUAAUGAGCUUAACCAAAUGUGUGGUCCUUAUAUUGAUGCACAGUUGCACGAGGGUCUGUCAUCUGGUUUUCUUCCUGGGGACCUUCAAGUGUUUCCUGUACUAAACCAAAGAAUAACGAAUCCUGUUCCCCUGAGGUACUUUCAACAGUUCCCAGACCAUGUCCAAUCGGGUUUCAUGUACCUUGGCUCUGGCAUCUCCAAUGCACUUUUGCCUAUGCCUGAUUCUGCCUCAGCAACUCAUGGACCAGAAGGCCAUGGUUGGAGUUCUUCCUUGGCUUCUAACUCACAAAAAAAGCAUGGAAAAGGAGAGUCUGUUCCAGUAUUCCCAUAUUCUGAAUUGUCAGAAGACGAUUCUUGUUGGUUGUUUGAGGACGAUGAGGGAAAGAAACAUGGUCCUUAUAACCUACUGGAGCUUUAUUCCUGGCAUUGCUAUGGAUAUCUUCGGGAUACGUCGAUGAUACAUCACACACAGAAAGAUGCUGGGCCCUUUCCUCUGCUGUCUGUUCUGGACGCAUGGAGAACAGCUAGGGUUGAAUCAAGAUCUGCACCUAAUGUUAUGUUGGAAAGUUGUUCUCCAGAGAACUUAACACGAGAAAUAUCUCAGGAAAUUUCCUCUCAGCUGCACUCAGCAAUAGUGAAAGCAGCUCGAAGAGUCGUCCUACAUGAAAUUAUCAGUAACAGUAUUACGGAGUUUCUUGAUGUGAAAAAGACUCGUGGACUUCCAAAGCUGGAUAUUCAAACUGCUGAAACUCACCCCAGCAAAGGUGAAGUGUUGCCCAAAAACACAAAAUCUGUUGGCAGUAUUGAUAACUUCCAGGUCUCUCACGCUGUUCUUUGUAGAGCUCUUUUCAACUGUUGCAUGGAAGUUCUUUGGAAUGCUGUUUGUUAUGAUACAGUAGUAGAGUAUUCAGCUUCGUGGAGAAAAAGAAAAAUCUGGUCUGGUCAUUCUCAGAAUGGAUUUCCUUCGGACCUUGAUAUCUAUGGCAAAAAGUUUCAAGCAUCAGUCACAGAUUUUUUUCUACCCACAGAGGAGAUAUCUGGUUGCGAUGGUGACUGCCCCCCUGGUUUUGAGUUUGUUAGAACCAGAACAGAAAAUCAAACUGGAAUACCUGAUACAAAAGAGCUGAUCCUUAAGCCAUCAGAAGAGACUAUCCCAUCGUGCAUGGAUUGCAACAACGAUGACAUAAAAUGUUUCUCGGAGAGUGUGGAAAAUGAACUUCAUAAGUCUACUAAUGCUUGUUUGGUUGCGUUUGUUGGAACUCUUGUUAAGGAGGAAGUCAUUAGAGUAGCUAACAUUAGAGAGGAUGGCAAAAUUGCUGACAUUGCUAUUCAUGGCGCUGAUGAGUUCACCAAUCCAGUACUACAUGAAGAACAGAGUGGCUCCACUGGAAUUCCUCUCAGCAAUCCUAAAUGUGCAUCCCUAGCUGUUGCUAACCAGCUUGCUUUAAAGAAUACUACAUCUAGUUUUCUUGCAAGUACUUUUGGGAAGGCGCAUAUAUGUGGCCUAAAUGUUGCUUCUUCAUCUACACCACCUGGAUCUGAAGAUGGUGUUACCACUCUCCUACCACCCUUAUGUAAAUUCCAUGUGUCAACAUCCAAUGAGCCUCAUUCUAGGAUUAAGCAAUACAUUGCCUUGGCAUUAUGCAGGCAAAAGUUGCAUGAUAAUGCAGUUGGCGAAUGGAAAAAUUGUUUUUUUGAUGAUCUUCUCCAGCAGCACUUUCCAUCAUUUUUGGCUUUUGCGGAAGGGUGUGGGUUUGAUGGUGAUAAGGGAGGGGUAGACAAUCAAAGUGGGGAAUCGCUGAAAUUAUGUAUGUCAAAGUCUGUGGGCGGUUGUUCCCCUACUGGUAAGUACACAUACUAUCGAAAGAAAAAGACGUCUCGUACAAAGCUAGCAUCGUCUUUGGAAUUGGUGUCUCCAGCCGAAUCGCGGGGCCAGCUGUUAGAAUCAUCUAGAGAGCACAUCUCGCUCAAGAUUGCUGCAAAGGCUGCAGAAGCUGAACGCUCUGUUUCGAAACACACCAAGACUGACAUAUAUGAGAGCCAGAAGAAACUGUCUCUUAGUUCUAGGCCUUUGAAAGGCAUUGCAGAAGGAAGCAGACGACUCGAACGUUCAUCGGCCAGGAAGACUAGUUGUCGCAGAGUGAAGAAAACCACACAGGCAGUUCAAGGUGAUGAGUUCACAGAUAAUGCUCACAAGACCUCCAGGAGUGUUGUGGAUUCUCAUGAUGUUGAGAAUGAGACCAAUGACAGUAGCUCCACUGCUGGAGUUAAGAACUCUCCUACCCUUAAUAUUUCCAAGAAAAAACUAUACUGUAAGCAAUCCCAUGAUACAAAACCAUCCAAGCUGAAAAGGAAGCAUUUACCCAUUGGUACUGGAUUGCCAGUACAAUGCACCAAGAUCGUGAAAACAGAGAAUGUCAGUGACAAGCAAGCUCUUCCACAUGUUGGAUUGGAAAACAAAAAGUCCCGCAGUUUCCAAUUGUCUAUCACCUGUCCUCCUUCAGAUGGAUGUGCAAGGUCGUCAAUUAAUGGUUGGGAAUGGCACUUAUGGUCUCUUAACGCAAGUCCUUCAGAAAGAGCUUUUGUCAGGGGACAGUUUGUUCGGUCUAAAUGUUCAAGUUCUGAAACUUGUGCAUCACAAUUCGCUAAUGGUAGAGGUCUUUCAGCAAGAACGAAUAGGGCAAAGGUCCGGAAUCUUCUGGCUGCUGCUGAAGGUGCUGAGCUUUUGAAAGCCACACAGUUGAAGGCAAGAAAAAAGCGGCUGCGUUUUCAACGAAGCAAAAUACAUGAUUGGGGUCUGGUUGCACUGGAACCAAUUGACGCAGAGGACUUUGUCAUUGAAUAUGUUGGCGAACUAAUUCGUUCACGAAUAUCUGAUAUACGUGAAGGACUGUACGAGAAAAUGGGAAUUGGGAGCAGCUACCUAUUUAGACUGGACGAUGAUCAUGUGGUAGAGCUACAAAGUGUGGUGGGAUGGCGAGAUUUAAUAAAUCAUUCUUGUGAGCCCAACUGUUACACCAAGGUUAUAAGUGUUGAAGGCCAGAAUAAAAUUUUCAUAUAUGCAAGCGGCAUAUAGAUGCUGGUGAAGAAAUUACUUACAAUUAUAAGUUCCCUUUAGAGGAAAAAAAGAUCCCGUGCAACUGUGGCUCUCGAAAAUGCCGUGGUUCAUUGAAUUAGGAAUGACUUCAAAAUUCUGUUUGUUCUUGGUGGACUGAUGCCAUGGGAUAUCAUAGGAUAUAAAAGUGCUAAGGAGUAGGAGAUAGCUUCUAAUUUGUUUGUUGCGGCGAUCUUCAUCUUGGCAAUCUUAAGGUUCUUCACAAACAAUGGCAAUCACAGGAGGCUAGUCGAUGUGGUCUAUGGUGAUCUUUUGUUGAGUUCUUUUCCCUACUCUUUUGAAGAUGCGUUGCUGAUUGAUGUGCAUAUUCUUGUAGAUCUGACUUAUGUUACAAAUCAGUUCUCUUCUUCCAAAACUAUAGAUCAAUUCUUUCAUUUCUUCCUCUCUAUCUGACAUUUUUUGGAGUACAAAUCCCUUUUGUACAGACAAUCUUUGUUGUUUAUAUGAUAACAGUUGAGACAUAGGAAAGUUUUACAAUAAAAUGCCAACACCGUUCUUAGAGCCAGAGGUAAAUAGUUGUACGUCAGCAACAUUGGCCAUUGGUUCGGAAAUCGGAACUCGUUAGUCCUCAUUUUUGGUUCAUCUUAUUAUGCAUAAAUUACUCGUCACCGGAAGGUAUUAUUGUGUGUAUGACGUUUACUUCAAUUAUUAUCUGAGAAUUUUGCUGUCCCAUUCAUUGGCAUUGGUUAAUUCAGGGAUCUGGUUCCUGACCUUGGUAGGAACCUGUGAGCGAACUGGUACUAGCCUCUUGCUGUAGAUUAAAAUUGAUAGGUCUGUGUGGAUCUGGGUGGCGGGGGUGAGUAAUUAACGAGAGGAGUAGGAUUUUCUUAUUAGGCGCAAAAUUAGUGCAUUUCUUAGUUCAGGCUCCGUGCAUUUAUCUUUAACUGCUUCUCUCCCUUCUGUCCGAUCUGCCUAUGUUGUUGCAGGUUGGCAUCAGGUGGAAGCCGGGACGGAUGCCGCAUUACAGGGGGUUCUCAAACCCAUUGGUAUGCAAGAAUGCCAAUUCAUGAACGUGAAGGAGUGCCAUCAAGGCACAUGGCCAUAUCUCUCCGGCAAUUAUAGUUCAAGAGAAUGCCGGGGUUGAAAUUGGACUUCGUCCAUUUCCUUCACCCUGUUAACAGAUUAUGUGGGUUCUCCAUAUCCUAAUUGGGGUUGGAUUCCAGGCUUGGUUUAAUAAUAAAAGGUGGAUGAAAGCACAAAGUCUACAUUGGUUCAAACUGUGAAAGCCAACAGUCUUUAACCACGGAAAAGAAGAAAACCAAGCUAAUAAGUGGCUUCCUAAUUUUUGGCAAAGUAGCUCUUCGUCGCAGCUUCUUGCUAGCUCUUAGCUAUUGGUUUGCAUGUCAUGACAUGACAUGACAUGAUGCUCUCUACACACAGAUCCUCGGAUUUGGGACCAGGUUUCAAUGCUUAUGCCUUGCACAGCCGGUCCCAAGCCCGGAUAAAGGAGGAGGGAUGCUUGUCUUCUGUCUUCUGUUUGAAGAGUCACUGCUCCAUGUUGCCUAGUCGAUUGGUGCGAUCGUAUGAAGCAUGUAAGAACCCUUACAAACUCCUCUCUUGGACUUGCGUUCGCAUCAUGGUAAAUCAGAUUAGAUCGAAAUAGGGGCCAAAAUGUGUAACCACUUGAGAGAUCCUUGUAGCUUUCAAUAUGGGAAGAGUUUCCAGCCAUGAUAAUCUGUAUGCAUUGCUCUAUG